AUGUCCCCUGUUGGUCCUGUUCCUUCUCCUGCCGUAUCUGUUCGACAACAGGCCGUUCCCUCUGCUCUUGACCCAUUUAUAGCACAAACACAGACGGUUUUGGGUGUUACAUUGCAAGAAUCACCAACAAUCCCUUCGCCUCACAAAGCUAAAAGUGUCACACCGGCCCCCUUCCCCAGCCCCUCCCCUGCUCCGAAAGCAGGCCCUCCUCCAAACCUUCAACCUGGGUCUUCUUCUCUCCUCUCUGGCCCUCCCCAAAUCUCCCCACUACCUACCUCACUACAUACGUUUGCAGAGGUAAAGCAGUGGCUACAGCAGAAGCGCCUGGGUCGAUCAGGUGUGCAGAGUCUUCCUGGUCCGAACCCAUCAACCAAUGUUCCGAAACCCAUGAUGGCUCCGAAACCCAUAGUUCCUCCAAUAUUUGCUUCCCAAUCGGCUCCCCCUCAGACUCCACCUCCCACUUCUCUCAUUCGUUCUCAUUCAGAAUUCGUUGGCUCUGGUCCCACAGCUUUGCCAGGUCAGAUACCCUCCAUUCCUGUCACUUCGGUCAAUGUGGUCAGUAAACUCCCUCAAAUGAACCCACCACUCCAGCCCGAAUUUCGGACCGAAAGGCCCACUGUCCCUUCUUUGGACCAGCCUGCACCCGAAAAGGUUGUCCCUUACAUCCCGGCUCCACCGUCUACCAUGCCCGAAGUUGAACAGUGUCUGCAUCGUAUGAAUGAGUUUCAAGAGACUCAGGCUCAGUUUGAGGAGCAAUUCUCUUCCCGAAUGGUUGCUCAAGUUUCUGAAAUGAUAGACUAUUACCGAGAAAUCAACCGAGGACGGCAUCAAGCCUACUCCGAAAGUGUCACACAAUCACUUUCGGGUGUGAGAGCUAUCAAUGGGACAUGGAGCGAAUUCAAAGCGCGGUAUGACUCGGUGGUUUCUGAAAGAGAUGUGGCUCAAGGAGAGGUAAAGACACUGGACCGGCUGUACAAAGAGCAGAUUGAUAAGAAUGAGGAAAGAGAUCAUGCUGUUGCCCGAGUCACCGCCGAAAAAGACGCCGAAAUUGCUUCAAUCCGAAAGCAGUUGGAGGAGACACAGGAAGGGCUCAAGACUAUGAGCCAGAGGUUCGCUAGUGCAAUGGGGGAUAAGGAAAAGGAGGCUCAGGCUCGUCAGUCUGCUGAACAGCGGUGUUCAGAUCUGGCCAGACAGAUGAAUGAGGAGGAAAACGCCGAAUUGGAAACUCUCCGAGCUCGGCUUUCGGAGGCUGAAGCAGCUAAGGGGGUAAUGCAACAGCAAAUCGACGAGGCAUUGCAGUUUGUGCAAAUUACCGCUGCCCUGCAAAAUGAGACUGAGAUGGAGAAUGUAGGGUUGAAGGAACUCAAAGAGCAGUUGGAAGGAGCAAAUGAGCAGUUACGGGCGGACCUUCAAGCGGAUCAAGAGGAUAUCGAAUCGGCCAACUACACCAUCAGGCAACUUGAGUCAGAACUCCAAGAGGCCAAACAAGAAAAGUCUCGGCAACAAUUCCGCUUUGACCUUAGGACCUCCCCUGCGAAGCCAAACGAGUACUCUGACCGAAGAAGAGCUCACAGUCUUGAUCUCCCUUCCACCAAGAUCACCGCUCGAAACUCCGAAAGUACCGCACCGAAUUCCGAAAAUGACCCUUCAAACUCCGAAAAUGUACUUUCUUCAGGACCAACACGUCAUGUUGCCAUUCCCACAAUCCCCACAAAUGCAGACCUCCAUUCUUCUCAAGAUUAA